CAGACCUCCCAUCAGACGGCCCAAAUAAACGCUAGCAUCCCAACACGCCCUCCCAAAGUCGCCACAUGGAAGCGCGCGCGCGCCACCACCACCUGCGCCAGCUCCGCGCCGCCCUCCUCCGCCGUGGCCACCCUGUCCCGCCGCCGCCGCCGGACCACCCGGACCCCGACCGCGCCCACCUCGCCGCCAUCCGCGCCGCCGCCGCAUCCGCCCCGCGCCUCGCGCUCGCGGCCUGCGCGUGCCUCCGCCGCGCCGGCCUGCCCGCGCCGGGGCCCCGCGCGCUCCCCGCCCUGCUCCGCUCCGCGGCUCGCUGCGAUGGUGCCGGCGCGUACGUGGGGGGCGCGCACGCGGCUGCUGUCAGGGUCGGGGCGCUGGGCGAAGGGUUCGUCGGGACCGCGCUAGUCGGGGCGUACGCGGCGUGCGGGCGCGUGGGGGACGCGCGGAGGGUGUUUGACGGAAUGCUCGUUCGGGACAUCGUCGCCUGGGGCGUCAUGCUUGAUAGUUAUUGCCAGACUCAGAACUACAAAGCAGCUUUGCUUCUGUUUGCUGAGAUGAAGAGGUCUGGAGUUGUUCCUGACCAAUUGAUCCUUGCUACUGUUCUAUCAGCUUGUGGGCAUAUAAGACAUUUCAGAACUGGGAAAGUCAUCCACUCAUACAUGUUGGUGUCAGACGUUCUUAUAAAUGCUCACCUCAGUAGUGCUCUCAUAAACUUGUAUGCUAGCUGUGCCAAAAUGGAUAUGGCCAAAAAGCUAUACAAUGGGAUGCCGAGGAAGGACUUAGUAUCAUCAACUGCCAUGCUUUUUGGAUAUGCCAAGAACAGAAACGUUGAGGUUGCUCGCUCUAUAUUCGAUGGAAUGGCAGAGAAGGACGUGGUGUCUUGGAGUGCCAUGAUAUCAGUAUAUGCUGAAAGUAACCAACCUAACAAAGCAUUGAGUUUAUUCAGUGAUAUGCAAGAGCAUGGUAUCAUGCCUGAUGAAGUUACUGUGUUAAGUGCCAUAUCUGCAUGUGCCAAUUUAGGUUCCCUUGAUAAAGCAAUAUGGAUCCACUCCUUCACCGAGAAUAACGGAUUGACUAAGACAUUGCGUGUUUGCAAUGCUCUUAUUGAUAUGUUCGCCAAAUGUGGGGGUAUAACUCUUGCCUUGAAUAUCUUCAAUGAAAUACCUCAUAAGAAUGUUAUCACCUGGACAAGUAUGAUUGCUGCUUUUGCUAUGCAUGGCGAUGGAAAAUCCGCCUUAGUUCUGUUUGAGAAGAUGAAAAAGGAAGGUGUUGAACCCAACAAAGUGACCUUUCUUAAUUUACUUUAUGCUUGCUGUCAUGCUGGUCUAGUUCAUGAAGGUCGUUUGAUGUUUAGAUGUAUGGUUCAAGAAUACAGGAUCGAACCCAAUAGUGAGCACUAUGGUUGUAUGGUGGAUCUUCUGGGAAGAGCUAAACUUUUGCAAGAAGCAGUUGAUCUCAUAGAUUCAAUGCACUUAGGGCCCAAUGUGGCUAUCUGGGGCUCUCUGUUAGCAGCAUGCUGGAUGCAUGGCGAUCUCAAGCUUGGCGCAUUUGCUGCAAAGAAAGUUUUGGAGUUGGAUCCCAAUCAUGAUGGAGCAUCUGUGCUUUUAUCAAAGAUAUAUGCAAAAUCUGGCAGUUGGAAUGAUGCUGAGGAGGUGAGGGUGGUAAUGAAACUCCAUGGGGUCUCAAAAGAAACAGGCUCCAGUUGGAUGGUGCUGAAUGAUCCUAAUCACGAGUUUGCAGCUGGAGGUGGGAAACAUCCAGAAAGUGAUAAGAUCCUUCUGAAGCUCGAUGGGAAAGUAAGUUGAUUUGUGAGGUGAGGAUAUUAGAGAAAAUGUUCUGCUACACAGCGAGAGCCUUGUAAUUUCUUUCAGCCUGGUAAUUUCAGGCGGGAAGCUGCCGAUGACAUGGUACCCCGUACCCCCAGGACUACCUGCAGAAGGCGCCGAUGAAGAACAUGGCGAUGCGUGCCGACCCGGCGAGCGGGUACCCCGGCCGGACCUACCGCUUCUACAGCAUGGGCCCGACGAUCCUCCCGUUCGGACACGGGCUCAGCUACACCCAGUUUCACGCACUCGCCGGCGCACGCGCCGGCGCAACUCACGGGCGGCCGCCGCCGCGACGUCUUCUCAACGGGACGCGCUCUGGCAGCAGCAGCAACAGUGCCCACGCGCUGCGAGGGCCUGACCAUCCCGGUGCACGUCGACGUGAGGAACGUCGGCAACCGCGACGGCGCGCACACGGUGCUCGUGUACCACGCCGCCCUGCGUUCCGUCGCUGGCACGGUGGCGUGGCACGCGUGGAGAUGGCCAUCGACGUGUGCGAGGGGCUCAGCGUCGUGGACCGUGACGCGGUCCGCGACGGUGUGCACAGCCUGAUGAUCGGCGAGCUGACGCACUCGGUCACGCUCGGCGUCGGGCAGCUCGGGGUAUGGAACAAGCAGCACUGGAACCUAGGAGGGUUCAGAGGAUCGUCUGAAUAAUUUGUCGUUUUGGGAGGGGGUUUUGCAUUGGAUUGCGAUUACCAGUUGCCACGGUGCUUCCGUCUCUGCAAAGGUGGAGACGGAGAUCUGAAAAGUUAGAAAGGGCACCGGAUUACUGAAAAUUGUUGAAAUGAUUGCAAACGAUUAAACUGGAAGGAACACAGAAAAAUGCCGUUUCUUCCUCACAAUCAAUGUUUCCUGCAAUGAACCGGAUUCCCGAAUCGAGGAAUCCGACUCCCUGUA